UAGAGGGGGAUGUAAAUGCAAAAACUACGGCUGUUAAUAUCACUUUUUCUUCUUUUUCUUUCUUUUUUUUCUUUUAGUAACCCCCGUCUCUCUCCUACCUGCCACUGAAGACUCUAGAGCCUCUUUCCUCCACCUGCCAUUGAAAACUACGGAGUAUUUCGUCAUUUGGGUGUUCUUUAAAAUCCUAUAAGAAGCUCUCCAGACAUGGCGAGAGCAAACAGGAAGGUCUCAGCUGCAUCUGCGAGAGCUCACACCAGGAAAUCAAAGCAGAGAAGCAGCAGCUACAGCUCCUUCCUUUCUUCUUCAGGGAUGCUGCGAAAAGUAUCUUUAGUUUUAUUGGCGGGUUUAAUAGCAUGGGUUUAUCAGGCUAUUCAACCACCACCUCCCAAGAUUUGUGGAUCUUCAGAUGGCCCGUCAAUCACCUCACCUAGGAUUAAGCUUAGUGAUGGAAGACAUCUUGCCUAUAAAGAACAUGGUGUCCCAAAAGAAGAGGCCAAAUAUAAGAUUGUUUAUGUUCAUGGCUUUGACUCUUGCAGACACGAUGCAUUGCCAAUGUCUCUGGAACUCGCCGAAGAAUUAGGAGUCUAUUUGGUGUCUUUCGAUAGGCCCGGGUAUGGAGAGAGUGACCCGAAUCCUAGAAGGACACCAAAGAGCACAGCUUUAGAUAUUGAAGAACUUGCUGACCAGCUCAAGUUGGGGUCUAAAUUCUAUGUAAUUGGGUUUUCUAUGGGAGGACAGGUUAUUUGGGGCUGCCUCAAAUACAUUCCUCACCGGCUAGCAGGAGCGACACUUCUCACUCCAGUCGUAAACUACUGGUGGCCUGGUCUUCCUGCUAAUGUAUCAAGAGUAGGCUACAAGCAACAACUUGUUCAGGACAAAUGGGCAGUUGGGGUUGCUCACUACUUCCCAUGGCUAACGUACUGGUGGAAUACUCAGAAUUGGUUUCCAGGUUCCAGCGUCAUAGCUCAAAGCCUUGAUAUCUUCUCACCACAGGAUAGAGACCUACUUCCCAAGUUCCAAGCAAGAGAACACUACGUGGCACAGAUAAGGCAACAAGGCAAUUUUGAGAGCCUCCAUCGCGACAUGAUUGUUGGAUUUGGGACUUGGGAAUUUGCACCCAUGGAUCUUGAUAACCCAUUUCCUAAGAAUGAAGGUUCUGUCCACCUAUGGCAAGGUGAUCAGGAUUGGAUUGUGCCUGUGGGCCCACAGCGUUACAUCGCCAAACAGCUCCCGUGGAUUCACUAUCAUGAGUUAGCCGGUGCUGGUCACAUGUUCCCAAUAGCUGAUGGUUUUGGUGAUUCUAUUGUCAAGGCGCUUCUACUCGGAGAGUAGUAUCAUCCUAGCAGUUGCCAACUUGCUAGGGAUGUGCUCAACAUACUGCUGUUUCUUCUUUCCUUUUUCUCACCGUCCGUUUGGAUUUUGACAACGUGGUUGUUUUUGUCUAUGAUCAUUCUAUAGAUUAGUUUAAUGAAUGAUAGGAUCAAAAUAUAGUGAGGGAAGCUGUAAGUUUUGGAUUGAAAUUGUGUACUAGAGAAAUAUAGGAAUCAAAUAAUCAAUGGUGGUAUGAGAUGUUAUGUUUUC